GAAGGAGGACAAGGGCGACAAGUGGCACCGCGUGGAGCGCAGCAGCGGCCAGUUCGUGCGGCGCUUCCGCCUGCCGGAGAACGCCAAGACGGAGGAGGUGAGGGCCGCGCUGGAGAACGGCGUGCUCACGGUCACCGUGCCCAAGGCCGAGGUCAAGAAGCCCGAGGUGAAGAGCAUCCAGAUCUCCGGCUGAAGAAGACA